AUGAACAAAACAAGCCCAAACAACAAGAUUAUGGACAACGCUGAACCAGCCAAGAUCCACCAGAGCUCAGAUAGUAAUAACAUGGAUCUCAAGUCAUUCUUCCAGAAGCUAGCACAAGACAAUGGUGUUAAAGGAUUCAGUUUGGUGACUGACCAUGCCGUAUGCCAACGUCAUGAUGUGAAACGAAACUCUGCACCAUCCGUCUUCAAUGGAGCCACGCGUAAGGUUCUAUCCUCCGACGCGGCACCCAGCUGUCCUCGUCGCCGUAUAAGUGACGGAGACUGUGAGCAAACUUCGAAGUUGCUGUUCCUUGAGACGAUCUUCGAUGAGGUGGACAGCAUUCUUCACGAGGAUGAAGAAGGUAAUGACGACCAAUCUAUUGAUUCAAGAGAUUUGUCAAAUGUGAACCACGUCGCCCAGGGAAACAACGAGUUUGAAUCCUCCUUUCAACGCUUCAUCGCAGAACCGUUAGGGGACGAAUCUAGGGAAUCCAGCUCACGAUCUUCAGCUAGUCUGCGUGAGCAACUCGUUGCUCCUCGACUUCCAAUCCGCAAAGGAAGCAUUAGCGAGUUCGGUGGCCUUAGAGCUACUCGAACGCUAAGUUCUUGCUCUUUCAAUACCGCAUGCACUACCGCUGAAAGCUCCUUGGAGGAUUCUCCAAUGAUUGCACCGCAGUGUUCAAUUGAACUGUCUUGUCCUGCAUCACCUUCUCUACAAGCUCACUCGUGGCAGCGCAAAGAAGGCGAUGACUAUGAAUGUCCAGCAUCUGCUCCUACCACAAGGCAUGUACUUGAUAUGAAGGAGAUUUUCCUUUCUCCACUACGAGAUUCGGGAUCCAGCCACGGCCGACGGCGUCGACGACGAAGCUCUCGUCGCAACAGCUUAGACACUGGCUUUACCUUUCGCUCUUCCUUCAACUCCCAAUGCUUUGACGAAACAGAUGGCGAUGACAUCCUUUGGGUAGAGUAA